UGUUUGUGUGGUUCUUAAAUAUUAUUUUCCUUUUCUGAUUUUAGGAAACUGCUCAAUUUUAAUGUAUCGUUAAUAAAGCACAAAGAAUAAAGAUCUGAUUCUGUUUUAUAUAAAUAUUGUUAUUAUUUAUAAAACGAUAACAAUUCCAAUAAACUUACAUUUCAAAAUGCAAGAGACCGUUAGAAACUCAAAUGAGAGAAAAUCUUUGUUUUGCUCAUUUCUCGAAAUCCUUGAAGCUCAAGAAAAACAAGCUGAUACUGAGCGACAACUACAAGAGGAGAAAUAUCAAAGAAGAACCCAAAUAAUUUAUGAUUUUCAUGAUCGUCAGCAGCGUAAGGCGGCAGAGUUGCAGAGGUGCCUAGAGUUUGUGUCGCAGCAUGCACAGGUGCUGGAGACAGUGUUGCGUAGUGGAGGGGAUGACGGGGUACCAUUGUCAGCUGCAAUAGUAAGACAGGCUGCGGCAUUGCAGCGCUGCAUGACACAAUGUGUUGCUAACGCCUCACGAAUACGACACUUGCUCGCCGCCGUGCAUCGUCCUCAAAUGGAUACUAUGCUUGCCAAGAUGGAAUCCGAGUUGAGUGCGUGGACGGCAUUCCUCCAACGCGCGGUCGACGCCACCUACAGCUCUGAAGUCACCAUAGACAACCUCCAUAAUUUGAUCGCGGAGCAGCGGCGCUGCGUGCGCGAGGUGUCUUCGAGCACGGUGUUCUCUUCUCUCUGCCGCGGGACGGAAGAGGCCGCGGAGGGAGCGGGGGGAGAGGACACUCCCCGCACGCCGUUCACGGCCAGGCGUCCCUCGGCCAUGUGCAGCACGCCCAUCGCCCGCGACUAGCCCCGAUCGGGCCUCGGCCUGCGCGCUUUCUGCUGUCCGUCGACUCGCCCUCGCUUCACUCUCACACAAUUUUACAGAACUAGCCCGCGAUCAACGAUGAACACAAUUACUGCACAAAAAUCGACUUACGAACAUAAAAUAAAAUUUGCCAAACUUUCGUAAAUUCAAUAUUUAUAUAAAAGUUUGUCUCUGAUUUCAAACAUGUAAACAACUCUGCUGUAUGUGUUAAUUCCGUUUAACCUUCAACUACUACACUUUAGCAUACGAUUCGGUGUAAGUAGCCGAUCUUUUGCAUUUAUAUUCCUAUUGAAUGUGUGACCCGGGCCAAGAGUAGAUAUCCGGUCCUGAGGGAUAUUUGAGCUAUAUAGGACCAUGGACUGGCCUUUUCGCCGAAGCUAAAUGUUGAUAAAUUAGUUGUAAACGCGUAUAUGUGUCUAGGUAAUGAAGUUGUAUGUCGGCUUGUUGGAUUCUGUGAACUUCUCGUGCUCCCUGAGCGUUAAACAAAAGGUGAAAUGAAAUUAUUAUAUUAACAAUUAUAUUGUUCGUUGACUCGUUGGAGACUUUAAUAUUUGUCUUAAAGUGUUUUUAUACUUAAACGUAGGUUAAGCAGUGUUAAACGUGUGUUUCGAACGAUUUGUACUUUUGCUAUGUCCACUAUAAAUGACUCUGUUCGUUGUGUACUUUUAUAAAUAAACGUUCGUAUAGUGUUUAGACAUGUAUCUACCUCGUUGCGGAACCUGUACUGCCAAGUUUUUGCCGAUUUUAAUAGAUUUUAGUAAAUAAAUCGUACGAUAGUCGGAGGUCGAGACGUCUCUUGACCGAGGUGGCCAAAGGCUUAGUUUAAAUCUUUUCCAGAUUACUGUUUGAUAUAAAUAUUCGCGGUGUUUUCAUCGCCUCGUGUUCGUGGCUUUUUCUCAAUUACAGCCAUUAUAGGCAAAUGUAAUUAAGGUUCUCGUUGUAGAAUAUCAUUGCUUAACAUUGUUUCUAUUUCGGAGCAACUCACCAGUUGGCCGCCGCUGUUGAUAAAUUUGAUAGAUAAACAUUGUUUGAUAGCUGUUAAGUUAGAUCUAAGUCUGGCUCUCCCUUUUUGAAUACGAGCUCAAUAUAGGCAAAACUCGUAAUUGUAUUUGAAGUUUUUGAAAACAUAAUCCUAAUAUUGAUGUUUCUUUGUAUUUAUUUUUUAAUUGACCGCUGUAAUAAGUUAAACGCGUUUGGGGUAUAAAAUAUAUACAGGGCGAAUUACAGCAUUUGUUUCUGAACGACCCCCAAAAUAUAUAUGAGCCCCGAUGCAAAGUAGUGCAGAGCGUAAAAUAUAGAUAGAAAGUAAACAUUGGUAAAAUAAUUAAGAACGUUUAAUAAAAAGCAAACCACAAUUUGAGGAACAUCUUAAAGUUUAUUUUAACAUAACUGAAAUUCUUCCAUAACUUUACAUAGCUUAUAAAAUUUAAUAAAAUAUUCUAAAAAAAACAACGCAAAAUAGUUCGUCUACCAGUUUGUUGUGUCGCCUUUGCUCUCAGUGACAGCUUUAAUGCGAAGAGGCCUGGUUGCAACCAACGCUGCACACUCCUCAGGCCCAAUUGACUCCCAGACAUCCAAGAGUUUAGCCCUUAAGUCGCUCUUCGAUCUUGAUGAAUUUUCCGGAGAACUUUUUUCAUUUACCCACCUUAGGGUUUCUAACGACGACAAAUCCGGGCUGUUAGAUGGCCAUUCCAUUGUAGGGAUGCUUUUCGCCAGUAGCCACGUCUGUUUUGUCCUUGCAGUAUGGCAGGAAGCACCAUCCUGUAAAAAAUGAAGGAAUCUUUAUGCUUAAGUGACGGAAUAGAAGGCAGUAAAUUCUCUUUCAGAAAAUUUGAUCCCAACUUCAAAUUUGGACUCGUCUCUUAAAAUGAUACUACGCCACUGAUCGGAAGUCCAAUGUAAAUGAUCACGAGCAAACUUCAACCUUAUUUUUAUUUUGUACAGCAGUAAACAGUGCUCGCCGCUUGCAACUCUAUGAAGCGCAAAUUCAGCCCACAUGGAAUACUGUUCCCACAUGACCGUAUUCAAGGAAGAGCGGUUCGAACUUUCGAUGACCAUUCCCUCUCCGAGCGGCUUGAUCCCUUGGAGUUGCUUAGAGAUGUAGGGUCACUCUUCAUCUUCUACCGCAUUUACCAUAGAGAGUAUUCAGAAGAGUUCACCAUUCCAUGACUGAGCGUUUUUCAAGACAAUUUUUGCCGCACCACCGCUUUGUGGAACCAGCUGGCCACAGCUAUUUCCGAACCAAUUCG